GUAACGGCGGUGCUGAACAAGAUGGCUGUGCGGCGGGUUACGAGAGGCUGACAAGACGAAAAAUUCACCGUUUUUCCCAGCAGAGCAGUGAGCUCUUAUGUAGGAACGACACUCUAGACAGUCUACUUUAACACUGUAACUAGUUCCUCGUGUUAUAUUUGUUUGGUGAGCUCUUAUUUCGAUCCGAAACAGGGCGGUCUCUCCAAUCUCGGCGUCUCUAAUCUCUGAUUUAACGCGUAAAAGCGUUCAAUAUCCUUCUGUGUCUGUAAAGCAGCAAAACAGCCAACAUAGAUUAUAAACCACUGAAAGAGAUGUCACUGCUGUGUGUUGGAGUGAAAAAAGCAAAGCUAGAUGGACCGCAAGAGAAGUUCAACACCUAUGUGACACUUAAGGUGCAGAAUGUGAAGAGCACCACUAUUGCUGUGCGAGGCAGUCAGCCAUGUUGGGAACAGGACUUCAUGUUUGAGAUUAACAGGCUGGAUCUGGGCCUGACUGUGGAGGUCUGGAACAAAGGCUUGAUCUGGGACACCAUGGUGGGCACGCUGUGGAUCCCUUUAAGCAGCAUUCGCCAGUCCAAUGAGGAAGGGCCGGGGCAGUGGAUGACUUUAGACUCCCAGGUCAUCAUGGCAGAAAAUGAGAUCUGUGGCACCAAAGAUCCAACUUUCCACCGCUUGCUUCUGGACACACGCUUUGAGCUGCCUUUAGACAUUCCAGAGGAGGAGGCUCGCUACUGGGCCAAAAAACUGGAGCAGCUAAAUGCCAUGAGGGACCAAGAUUAUUCAUAUCAGGAGGAGCAUGAGAGACCACUUCCAGUGCCAUCAACACAGUGCUGUAAUUGGAGUCUGUGGGGAGACCAACAAAAUGAUGAUCCAGACAGUGCAGUGGACGAUAGAGACAGCGAUUACCGCAGUGAGACGAGCAACAGCAUCCCUCCUCCCUAUUACACCACAUCCCAGCCCAACGCCUCCAUGCACCAGUACCCCAUUCGCCAUAUGCACCGCGGCUCCCGCUAUGAUGACAUGCAAGACUAUGACUACGAUAACCAGAGAGCUAUGAGUCCCACUGGGUCCAGUCGAUACGCUUCAUCAGGUGAGCUGAGCCGUGGUAGCUCACAGCUCAGUGAGGAUGGCGAGAGCUUCCGCGGCUCCGGAGAGUUCUACGAUGAGAACGACUCCUACCACUCAUGCCACUCCUCAGUCAGCUACGGGAAAGAGUCACCUGGCUGGGACCACGACGAGCCCCAAGGAGUCUACAGCGACGAAGGUAGCUACGUCAAAGAUGGCGGAGAGGAAGGUGCGCUGUAUGAGGAUGAGGAUGGUGACUUGUACGAGCAGGAGGAAGGGGAUUACCCAUACGAGGAGGAAGAGGGAAUGGGCUUUGAGGAGGAUGAGGAGUUGUAUCCUCUGGAUGGCACACUUAGUGAGGAGCAGGAGCCCCCAUAUACACCCACCCCAACCAGUGUGGCUCCCUCGUUAGCUCGGGAGACCUCCAGCUUCAGUCGACCACCUUUGGAGAAGCAGACAUCGCUGCACCAGCAUCAGCCCCCACAGGCCGAACCUCAGUUCCGGCCCACAGAUUCUCUCACAGAGGCUGUGCCAAAGCAGCAGAGCUUUGAUGACUUCAGCAAACCUGCCAAAUCCACCGCACCUACCUCUGAUCUGGAGCCCCUUGGUCCCGCAGCACCAUCACUCACACCUGCAGCAAAACCUGUUGGAGCUACAGAGGAGCUGAAGCCUCCGGUUGAGCCUCCAGUCUCUGAGCACCCAUCUGAAGCCCUGCCCGAGAAAACGGAAGCACCUCCAGAAAGUGUGGCAAAGCGAGAUGAGGUAGUGGAUCCUGCUGAACGUGCCAAGGCCAACUGGCUGCGACUCUUCAACAGGGUUCGGCUUCAACUGCAGGAGGCCCGAGGCGAGACUCCUGGACUGGCAUCACUGUUUCUACAAGCAGGGCCUGGAGGAGCUCUGUACACCAUAGACAGUAUGCCAGACUUGCGUAAACGCAAGGCCAUUCCUCUGGUUCGUGAUUUGGCAAUGUCCCUCGUCCAGAACUCUCGGAAGGCUGGAAUCACCUCGGCUAUGGCCUCCAGCACUCUCAACAAUGAGGAACUGAAGAGUCAUGUGUAUAAGAAGACCCUCCAGGCUCUGAUCUACCCCAUUUCCUGCACUACUCCCCAUAACUUUGAGGUGUGGACGGCCACUACACCAACAUACUGCUACGAGUGUGAGGGGCUGUUGUGGGGUAUUGCCCGACAGGGUAUGCGUUGUACUGAGUGCGGUGUCAAAUGCCAUGAGAAGUGCCAAGACCUGCUCAACGCUGACUGUUUACAGAGAGCUGCGGAGAAGAGCUCUAAGCACGGUGCAGAGGAUCGGACUCAGAACAUUAUCAUGGUUCUAAAGGAUCGCAUGAAAAUCCGCGAGAGAAACAAGCCAGAGAUCUUUGAACUCAUCCAGGAUGUGUUUGGAGUCCCCAAAACCACUCAUGUCACCCAGAUGAAGCAGGUCAAGCAAAGUGUCUUGGAUGGAACCUCCAAGUGGUCAGCCAAGAUCAGCAUCACAGUUCUGUGUGCCCAGGGCCUGCAGGCCAAGGACAAAACUGGCUCCAGCGAUCCCUAUGUAACAGUGCAAGUGGGGAAAACCAAGAAGAGGACCAAGACCAUCUACGGCAACCUCAAUCCUGUCUGGGAUGAGUCCUUCAAUUUUGAGUGCCACAACUCUUCAGACCGGAUAAAGGUGCGAGUGUGGGAUGAGGACGAUGACAUCAAAUCACGUGUUAAGCAGAAGUUCAAGCGAGAGUCAGACGACUUCCUGGGGCAGACUAUCAUCGAGGUGCGGACACUGAGCGGAGAAAUGGAUGUGUGGUACAACCUCGACAAGCGUACGGACAAGUCUGCUGUGUCAGGAGCUAUCCGAAUGCACAUCAGUGUGGAGAUCAAGGGAGAGGAAACAGUGGCCCCUUAUCAUGUCCAGUACACCUGCCUACAUGAGAACCUCUUCCACUAUGUGACAGAUCUUCAGAACAACGGUGUGGUGAAGAUCCCAGAUGCUAAAGGUGACGAUGCCUGGAAGGUCUACUUCGAAGAGACACCUCAGGAGAUUGUGGAUGAGUUUGCUAUGCGUUAUGGAGUGGAAUCUAUAUAUCAAGCCAUGACACACUUUGCCUGUCUAUCAUCUAAGUACAUGUGCCCGGGAGUGCCAGCAGUGAUGAGCACUCUGCUGGCUAACAUCAAUGCAUACUACGCCCACACCACCCAGGCUACCAAUAAUGUCUCUGCUUCCGACCGCUUCGCUGCAUCCAACUUUGGGAAAGAACGCUUUGUAAAACUCCUGGACCAACUACACAACUCUUUGAGGAUUGACCUCUCCAUGUACAGGAAUAAUUUCCCAGCCAGCAGUCCUGAGAGGCUGCAGGAUCUCAAAUCCACUGUGGACCUACUCACCAGUAUCACUUUCUUCAGAAUGAAGGUCCAAGAGCUACAAAGUCCUCCUCGUGCCAGUCAGGUUGUGAAAGACUGUGUGAAGGCCUGCCUGAACUCCACAUAUGAAUACAUCUUCAACAACUGCCAUGAGCUGUACAGCCGCGAGUACCAGACUGACCCGUCAAAGAAAGGUGAGGUUCCUCCCGAAGAACAGGGUCCAAGCAUCAAGAACCUUGACUUCUGGUCCAAACUGAUCACCCUAAUCGUGUCUAUCAUUGAGGAAGAUAAGAACUCCUACACUCCUUGCCUUAACCAGUUUCCACAGGAACUGAAUGUAGGGAAGAUCAGCGCAGAGGUCAUGUGGAAUCUGUUCGCCCAGGAUAUGAAGUAUGCCAUGGAAGAGCAUGAAAAGAACCGCCUCUGUAAGAGUGCUGAUUACAUGAAUCUGCACUUCAAAGUGAAAUGGCUUUACAAUGAGUACUGCAAAGACCUGCCUUUCUUCAAGAGCAGAGUACCAGAGUACCCAGCGUGGUUUGAACCUUUUGUAAUCCAGUGGCUGGAUGAGAAUGAGGAGGUUUCUCGAGACUUUCUGCAUGGAGCUCUGGAAAGGGACAAAAAAGAUGGAUACCAGCAGACAUCAGAACAUGCACUUUUUUCCUGCUCAGUGGUCGAUGUCUUUUCCCAGCUCAACCAGAGCUUUGAAAUUAUUAAAAAGCUGGAGUGCCCCGACCCACAGAUUGUGGGCCACUACAUGAAGCGAUUUGCUAAGACAAUAAGCAACGUUCUGCUCUCCUAUGCCAGCAUAAUUUCCAGAGACUUCCCUAACCAUUGCACCAAAGAGAAAGUGAAUGCUAAAGAUGGUGCUAUAAAGCCCUGUAUUCUGAUUAACAACAUUCAGCAACUCCGGGUACAGCUGGAGAAGAUGUUUGAGGCCAUGGGGGGCAAGGAUCUGAAUGUUGAGGCUAGCGAUAUCCUAAAGGAGCUGCAGGUAAAGCUCAACAAUGUUCUGGAUGACCUGGCCAGGAUCUUUGCCACCAGUUUCCAGCCCAACAUUGAGGAGAAUGUGAAGCAGAUGGGAGACAUUCUGAGCCAAGUGAAAGGCACAGGCAAUGUGCCAGCUAGCGCCUGCAGCAGCGUGGCUCAGGACGCAGACAACGUACUGCAGCCCAUCAUGGACUUCCUGGACAGCAACUUGUCACUGUUUGCUAAGAUAUGUGAGAAGACAGUUCUGAAGCGGGUGCUGAAGGAGCUCUGGAAACUUGUCAUGAACACCAUGGAGAAGACCAUCGUUCUGCCUCCUCUAACUGAUCAAACGGGUACACAGCUAAUUUUCAAUGCUGCUAAGGAGCUCGGCCAGCUUUCCAAGCUGAAGGAGCACAUGGUGCGUGAGGAGGCCAAGGCCUUAUCACCCAAGCAGUGUGCAGUUAUUGAGUUGGCCCUGGAUACCAUCAAGCAAUAUUUCCAUGCUGGAGGAGUGGGCCUAAAGAAGACCUUUCUGGAGAAGAGUCCUGACCUGCAGUCUCUCCAUUAUGCCCUGUCUCUCUACACACAAGCCACAGACAAGCUCAUCAAAACCUUUGUCCAGUCACAGAAUGCACAGGUUCAUGGAGGGAAGGGGAUAAGGUUCACCCAUAGCGAGGAUGUGUACCCCGAAAAGGGCUCUGGGGUGGAUGAUGCCGUGGGAGAGGUGUCCAUCCACGUUGAGAUCUUCACUCAUCCCAACACAGGCGAACACAAGGUCACAGUAAAAGUGGUUGCAGCAAAUGACCUGAGGUGGCAGACGUCUGGAAUAUUCCGACCCUUCGUGGAGGUCUACAUCAUCGGCCCCCACCUGAGUGACAAGAAGAGGAAGUAUGCCACUAAAUCAAAGAACAACAGCUGGGCUCCCAAAUACAAUGAAACAUUCACAUUCACACUGAGUAACGAGGUGGGGCCGGAGUGUUAUGAGCUGCAGGUGUGUGUGAAGGACUACUGCUUUGCGCGGGAGGACCGCACUGUGGGCAUGGCCGUGCUGCAGCUGAAGGAUGUUGCGCCACGGGGUAGUGUGGCCUGCUGGCUCCCGCUCGCCAAACGCAUCCACAUGGAUGAGACGGGCCUGACCGUGUUGCGCAUUCUCUCACAGCGCAACAACGAUGAUGUGGCCAAAGAGUUUGUCAAGCUCAAGUCUGACCAGCGCUCAGCUGAGGAGGGCCGAGGGAGCUAAAGGUAUUAAUGAAGGAAUUGUGGAUUUGCAAAAUAACUGCCCACCUCCUUUUUCUGUUGAGUGUUGCACUAAAACAGACAGCCAAUACACACGCGCGCAUACACACACACACACACACACACACUCUGCAGAUCUGAUUAUUCUGGACCAAUCACACAACAUAGUGAUACCUAAGACACUGCCAAAACCUGCUAUGAGGCUUGUCUGACAAGCACAGUGCAGCACAUAAAAAGAUACAGGUACAAAAGCUUGUAUCUCUAUAAUACUUGGUGUUUGUGGUGUCCUUGAUUUUCAAAAGUACAUAUUAUAUGACACAACCUCAUGGUUGAAAGAUAUUUAAAGAACAACAUAUUUAUCUAGUUAUUCACACAUAAAAUAUAUAAAAAUUGCAAAUAUUCUUUCAAUAAUAUAUAUAAAAGAGAUAAUAUUGUCUGUCAUAUUGAAAGAUGUCUAAAUGGAUCCUUUUUUUGGAAACAGUACAGAGCAGAGAUAUGCCUGAGUGAAAGCAGGGUUGCUAUAUGUAGUGCCAUUGAUGCCUCCCAGAGCCCUAAUACCCCAACUCCCUUAUUUAAUAUAUGAUAAUGAUGUCUGUGGAAAGCUUGUCUGUAACUGCCUUGUUCAUUUUUUCAAUCAUUCCUGCACCUCCACAUGGGUGUCUCAGUGUCAGGGUAUUCUCUUUUGUUCUCAGCGAGAUGUCCUUCUCUGCUACUUCUGAAAGGUACACUGUUUAAUGGGGCCAAUGUUUUUGAAAAUUAUGCAAACCUUUAGAUCAAGCACAAGAACAUUAUUAUAAAGUGAAACCAUAGCUUGCAGUGCAAGUAGCUUGGACCAAAUACAUCUCACAAAGCAAAGGAUCAACAUUUCUUUGACAAUUCUUUACAUCCCAUGGGGAAUGGUAUGAAUUUGGAGAAAGCAAUGACUCGGCGGCUCACAUUAAUUUAAGCAUUUGUUUAAUGUGCUGUAUGAGUUUAUUUAAAUUAUCAUCGAGGUUUAACUCUGUUGUAUAUGUUUUAUCUGCAGUGCUAAUGUAGGCAAACAGUAAAUGAAGGCUAUGGGAGCUAAAGUUAAGAAGGUUUUGCGUAAUACCACUACUACUGCUACUAUUAGCCCCUAAUCCUUUGAUUUACUGUUAGCAAUGUUGGCAUGUUUGGGUGAAGUAUUCCUUUAAACACACUGCCAAUCCUCUCUUAUGUCCAAUUUUUGGGGUUUUAUAUCAGUUUCUUUGUGUGUGAGCAUGUGUGCCUUGCAUGUGUGGUGUAUAAAGUGAGUGCAUGACUGAGACUUUAUAAAUAAGAAGGCAUUGUGAAGUGUGGGUCAGGUGCAAAUGUAGUGAACAUGAGAUUUAAAAAGGACCUUAAAUGACUUACUGACUCAUUUGCGUUGUUUACUUUUAUAAAGUAGCAUCUGUUUUACAUAAUUUCCCUCAUAAGAGACACAGUAGCAAAAAAAACUAUCUUCAGUUCAGAAUAAUUGCAGUGCUGUUGCCAUAGCAACCACCAUUGUCUUGCCACCCAUCUAAGUGUUAGGAAAGCACAAAGUGAAUGUAGACUCUGUGCUUGUUUAACCUGAUAAAUAUAUCCCUGCAUUGAUCCUACCCCUUCAUUUCCAGCCAUUGAGCAGUCAGUGCUGGGAAUGUAGCUAUUCAACCCUCUAGUGUUCUGCAGUGUUUUACAGAACACAGUGGAGGUCAGAGAUAAUGACUGGUUUAUCUUCAGGAGGGAUGAGACCUGGUGAGUGGUGGUAGAGCUUCACAUUUAACCACCCAGCAUGAAAUAUCUCACUUGUAUGUGUUGGACAUCUGGCACAAGAAACAUUAGCUAUGUCUGAAAUGGCGUAGUUUUAUUGCGAGUGUGGUCACAGUGGGAAAAUCACCACAUGAAAUGUACUAUUAAUUCCCAGAUAAUUUACUAAAACCAACAAAAAACAAAAGUUUUGACUGUUUUUCAACUUUUUGCACUAAACGUUCACAGCCUGCUGUAUGUAGGGGAGGGAGGCACCAGAAUGUGCUGUGAUUUAUAUUUCACUGAAAGGCUGAGACAUAGAGUGAGAACACUGCUUUAAACCAAACAUUUUGGGUUUUUUUGCUCCUCUGGCACAGUUCAGUGCAAUUUCGGUUACCCUAAAAAAUUAUCUACUACAUAGGGAGGUACAUGGUGUAUAGUAUAUAAUAUAUAGUGCAUAGAAUGCUAUUUGAGACACAGCUAUUAUCAGGAGAGAAAACAGUUCACUCAGUGGCCAUCUUGGCAAUGCCUCCAGGUAUUAAUAUCUGAAUGUUGAGAGACCUAUAAACCCACAACUGACAGCCAAGCAGUCAUUUCAAACAAUUAUUUAAAAUCUUUGUUGAAAUCCGACUAAAAAGGCAUAAUAAUAACACCAACCUUCUGUAUGAUUUUCUGUGUUAGCUGUGAUUGUCAGACCAAAGGUUAAUGAAUGCCGCCCUACUUUCUGCACACAUAAUGACUUCUACACCCUACAGCCUAUGUAGUUCACUAUAUGUGCAACAGGAAGCCAUACAGGAUUCACCUUGAGCUAGGUUUGCUAGCUGUAGAGGUAAGUAGGAAUCUAAACUAAGGCUAAUGAUGUAUUCGCUAAUGUAGUAGGAAGCAUGCUGGCUUUAGAUGGACUAUGUAAUUAAAUAAAGAGCUUAUGUGUAGCUGCUCUGCAGCUAAACCACAAUAAACCGUACGUUGUAUCGUCAUAUCUAGUUGACAAGUUAAGAGUUGCGAAGUCUGACCUGUUUUGAACUGUCACAAAGACAGCAGUAUCCUAAUUGUGUGCUUGCAUCAGUGUAAGAAUAUGAUAAAUCUGACUUAUUCCGUGACUUAUUCCCACUUUGGCUUUAAUAAUUGAUUGGGACUUCCCAUAAUACAGCCAUGGGUUGUUUUGACCAGUGAACUGUCGCCUCACUUUAUAAUGUCUCUGGAGGAACCUUCUAGAAAGCACUGCCAAGCAGAGAAAACAUAGCCAAUUUAAAUUAGUUAUUUUAAACAAACUCCCCAAAAUGACCUUUACAACUAACAGUUUCCAAGUGUCAAAUCAUGUCAAAUCACUAGACUUAGUCUAUGCAUUAAAGUUUUAGGUAACAAUUUUUUAUUGUUUACAUUGUGGAUUAUCUACACAAAACAUGAUGUUGAUGAUGAUGUCACUGUUCUUAUAUCCUAAUUAGGAUACAGUAAGUGUACAAUAAGUUACAGCCACAAUUUUAUUCCUGAAUGAUUUGAAACAAGUCUGUUUUAAGGUUGAAAAAUUUGCAGACUGCAGGACCAGUGAAUGCUGCACAGAUGUUGUGAGAGGCUCUGAAGCUGUGUGUGAGAUGCCAAAGUGGCUGUCAAUAAGAACUAAGUAGAAGCAUAAGUGGGAGCAUGUAAACAAAGCACAUGGAGAUCAUGCUUUCAUGCUCACACACACACACACACACACACACACUGCACUGAUGUCUGACCUCACCCAAACCAUGACUCCAGAGCUGUAGAUAGGAAGCAGUGCAUGUUGGAAAAGAUCUCUCUUGUGCCAGCAUGUGUCUUUGAUGUGAUUUUCAAAAUGUUGUCUUUUUGUUAUUUAUUUUGAUAUUUGGUAUUAUUUUCUAUUUUUGGAAGGCUUGUGAAUAUAUAAAUAUGUAUUACUGAUGUGUAGUGACACAGAGUUCUAGCAUGAGAGACUUUUUUUAUACACAGAUGUUUAUAAUUUCUGUUUUUCUAACUAUUAUUGUUCUUAUUGGGGAUGAAAGUGAAACUAAUAGCAUUUUGCUGU